UACAGUGGAUUGCAUUCAAUAUAAUGAUUGAUUUUUCCUCUCACGCAAAACCUUGAAGUACCCCCUCGUACUUGCACCCCACCUAUGCCACCCUCCUCUAUCUCUGCGUAUACAUACACUUAACUGUUUCUAUAUGUCCAUAUUUCCACCUGCUGCCAGUACAUUUCCACGCCAACAAUAAUCACAAAUCCCUGCCCAUUCUCCAACUUCAUUCAGAAAUUUCAGAUUCAUCACCACACCCACAAACACACAGUGUUCCUCUCUCUAAGACACUCUCUCUUCUCUCUCUAAAAUGUCAAUAAACCAAUACUCUUCAGAAGGAUACUGGUGGACACAACCAACCACCACUACCACUGCCUCCACCGACAUGUUUAUCAGCCAGAACACAGCUUUCGGGUUCAAAUUAAACAAGGAUGAAGAAGAAUUUGAAGGUGAGAGAGAGAACUAUUCAAAAGAAGAAGAAAUUCCCAAAGAAACAUUAUUUGAGAAGCCAUUGACUCCUAGUGAUGUGGGCAAGCUAAACCGUCUUGUUAUACCAAAACAACACGCUGAAAAAUACUUUCCGCUCAACGGCGGUGACUCGGGAGAUAAGGGUUUCCUAUUGGGAUUUGAGGAUGAACUUGGAAAAUCAUGGAGGUUCCGCUACUCUUACUGGAACAGCAGUCAAAGCUAUGUAUUAACAAAAGGCUGGAGCCGUUUUGUUAAGGAAAAAAAGCUUGAUGCUGGCGAUGUUAUUCUUUUCCAGCGCCACCGUUUGGAUUGUACCCGGCUUUUCAUAGGUUGGAGGCGGAAAAACGUUUCUCCACUACCGGCUACGGUUGCCCAUGGUGGUGUCGGUGGAGGAGGUGGUGGUGGUGGGUGGACCCAUUUCUAUUCUGGCCAUCCUUAUCUGACCCAGCAGCAAGGGAUUACUCUCCCGUACCAACCUGACUGUCUUCAUGCAGGAUCAGCAAUGCAGAAUCAUACAACAAGCAGUGGGAACUCCAAGAAACUGAGGUUAUUUGGGGUGAACAUGGAAUGCAAAGAAGAAGAACUCGAACCCGAGCCUGAGCCUGAGUUUGUUGACACCUGAUGCUUGACCACUUGACCCAUGUCGAGCCAGGCUCAAGUCCACUACCCUUAACCUCGUAACUAUAGUUACAUGGUAAAACUCGUAACUACAGAUACAUGGUAAAUCUCUCGACAUGGGUCAAGUCCACUACCCUCAACCUCGUAACUACAGUUACAUGGUAAAUCAAAUAUUUCAUUAGUUUCGGAUUUGGACUAAGAAAGCGGACAAAGAUGUGACCGGUCCAAUUUCCUAGUUUGAUUUUCAUGUUUCCUCUACUGAAACAGAUACAAAAAGUUACACUAAUUAAGUCUUCUUAUUGUUAAUUUAAUUAUAUUAAUAGUCUCUUUCAGAUAAGACUAAAAGCCAUCUGCCUAACAUUUGCUAGUAGUUUUUCUAAGUAGUCAAGUUAAACAAGCAAUGUUCCUUUUUUGGUAUUCAGGUACAAAGUUUUAAUAGGAUUUUGCGUUCAGGUCUUA